UUUUAAACUAAACAUUUCUUUACAAUCAUUACGAAUGUCCAGUCAUAUCUUGGCGAUUUACUUGAUUACACGUAUUUUGAACACUGUGUAGGGGUAAGUUAUUAAAAUGUUGUUUAAAACGUUAGCAGUGAUACUUAUAGUGGUAGCAGAUUCUUUAAUUGAAGGUGACUCAAGAAACCAGAGACAAACAUACAAUGGUUAUUAUUCAAGUGAAUAUGCAAAAAAACCACAUGAAACUGAAACGUACCAAGAUUUUAGUAAAAUUCCAGGAAAUCCAGGAAUAGAUUACCCCAUUUACCAUGCUGUACCUGAAACUAGUUUCAACUGUAAAAAUGUACCAUACGCGCCAGGCAUGUAUGCCAACGUAGAAACCGGAUGCCAAGCAUAUCACAUCUGUCAUGAUGGUAGAGAAGGACACCAAGGAGCAUCAUUUUUAUGUACAAAUGGCACUUUAUUUAAUCAAGAGAAAUUCACAUGUGAUUGGUGGUACAAUGUAGAUUGCAGUCAAGCUAGUGCUUAUUAUAAUUUAAAUGCUGACCCAGAAAAGAACCCAUUCGCUCCAGCAAAACCAAAAUUAUCCGAAGAGACUUAUGAGUCAUCUGAAAUCUAUAAUAGGCCAUCAUUUUACAGAAAAUCUAAAUAUUAGUAUUUUUUUUCGUUUCUGUAAAUAAUUUGUAAAUUAUAUUAAAUAUUUCAUAUUAAAAAUUAUUCUUUUCACUGUAUUUAUGUAUGUAUAUUUUUACAAUAGCUAUUGUUUAAA